AUGCACUCCGCUCUCAAUCGUGUCCAGAACGUCUUCGGCUUCUUCACUUCGGUCGCAUUCGUUCUGGGCGCCUUAACGGCGCUGACAGCUGUAUUUAAUCCUGCGAAUCCGGUUGCAAGUGUUGAGGUUUCGAAUAUACAAGUAAUCCAUGGGCGACCGUAUUAUUAUUCCACUAAACGGGAAGAAUAUGCACAGAUCAAAUUCGAUCUUGAUGCGGAUCUAACCUCUCUGUUCAAUUGGAAUACAAAACAACUCUUCGUCUAUGUCCUCGCCUCGUACCCCACCUCCUCCUCGUCAACAAACAUCACCGAAUCCAUAAUCUGGGACACCAUAAUUCCAGCCACUGAAUCCCCCUACUCCAUCCCCGCGCUAUCCCGCCGUUUAUUCCCUUCAAAGAAGUCCAAAUUCUCCAGAUCUUCCAAAAACACCUCAACCUCCAAGAAAUCCCAAAAACCUGGCCUCAUCCGCCUCCGCAAUCAGAAGCCCAAAUACCAAAUCACAGAUAUAUCGGGCCGCCUGGCAUCGCGCGAGAAUGUGCAGUUGGUCGUGGCUUGGAACGUCCAGCCGUGGAUUGGUGUGCUGAUGUGGAGUCCCAGUAGUCAAGUUGCGGACAAUAUUGGCGGCGCUUUGGGUGGGAUUUUCGAUGUGGCUUUUAUUACUGCGGGGAAAGGUGGAAGGAGUAAGCCAUUUAGUUUUCCGGAAUUGAAAGGGACUAGGAGGAAUGAUGGAAGUAAGAAGGGUCCGAGCUGA